AUGCCGCUGCCAAUGUCUCUCGACACAAUCCUGGAAGGUCCCAAACAGGGCAAUUCGCUAGAGCUGGAAUUCAUCAAACAGCUCAAAGAAGGUUUAAGCUUUGUAGCUGAAGGGAUGCAAAACGAGUGCUACAACAGGAGUGGUGCGCUGAGCAACGCUAUAGGAAAGCUCGAAAAGGAACGUGCCAAAGGCCACGGUCACAUCACGGUAGACCAAAAAGCCAUGCUUACAUCUAUCAUCAAGACCAAUAUCCUGAAGUGCAAGUCAUCACUCGCAAACAACAUCAAACCCAACGAGAAGAUCGCCGCCAAAUUUGUCGAAGCUGUCAAGAGUGCUAGAGAUAGGAACAGCAUAGCCCUGCGCAAAGCUAAAGGGAGAAGGAGGGCUUGA